UGUCUGGAUAACAGAUAAUAGAGCCGACGACCUGCAGGGGGGCUUACAAAAACAGAGCGCGGCGAGUGGGAGCUUCGCACAUGAGGAGAGGAUGAAAGAGGAGAGGAGCCACGCACAAACCGCCCCUGCCAAGCGAUAGGAACUCACAGGACCUCUCAACUUUUGCGCACGAAGGCUAAGUUUUGCGCACAACUUUAAAGAGCGUCUUUUCAGCGAAGAGGCAGUCAUAGAAAGUUAUGUGUGGAUGCACGCACUACUGAGGAUCUUACCUGUCAGCCGCAGGCCUUCUUGUUGGUAUAACCUAAUUAAUCUAAUUGGAUGGCUCAGAUUUUCGGAACCAAUCAACUGGAUGGGGAUUAAGUGUCAAGUAAGCAAACGCGCAGAAUAUAACUAAAAAGGUAUUUAUUUAAAGCAGAAACUUUGGAAGAUCAGAAACAGCUAUGCCCCGUCCUGGGAAAAACUCAUACAGCGACCAGAAGCCGCCUUACUCCUACAUUUCACUGACAGCGAUGGCCAUCCAAAACUCCCCCGACAAGAUGCUGCCUCUGAGUGACAUUUACAAGUUCAUCAUGGAUCGCUUUCCAUAUUACAGAGAGAACACCCAGAGGUGGCAAAACUCCCUCCGACACAACCUCUCCUUCAACGACUGCUUCAUCAAGAUCCCCCGGCGGCCCGAUCAGCCUGGGAAGGGCAGCUUUUGGGCUCUGCACCCAGACUGCGGGGACAUGUUUGAAAACGGCAGCUUCCUGAGGAGAAGGAAGCGCUUCAAGGUGCUGCGCGCCGAGCACAUGGCCUGCAAGAGUUCCCCAAUGAUGCACUACUUCCACCAUCACCAUCACCACCACCCGGGCAGCAAGCUAGGCGCGGCACCGGCUCACCCUGAACACCCAGUGGCCCCUGCAGGCGUGGGUCGGCUCCCUCACUUCCAGAGCUACGGGGGGAUCACCUGCGCGCAGCCCGGCGGGUUCAAACACCCGUUCGCCAUCGAGAACAUCAUAGGAAGGGACUACAAGGGCGUGGUGGCCGGUGGGCUUCCUCUCACCUCGGUCAUGCACCAUCUGGGUUACCCGGUGCCCCCUCAGCUCAGCAGCGUGGUCAGCUCCAUGUGGCCACACGUCGGCGUGCUGUCAGAGUCCAUGAGCGGCGUGCCCGUGCCCGCGCCAUCAUCUGAGUACGCGCCCUUCAGCGUGUCCGCAAAGGGCCUGUACCACAGCGCCAGCGGGCCGACCCUGCCCGCGGUCCCUGUGCCGAUAAAGCCGACCCCGUCUCUAGGCCCGAUGCCCGGUCUAGCGGGGCUGCAGACCGGCCCGACCCAGCUCUGCUCUCCGGGGUCAGUGAUGGAGAAGAGCGAUCUGCUGGAUGGGAAAGGGACCCCGCUACACCCGGCUCUUCUGCUGUCCUAACCGGGUAAACCGCGGGUUCGUUUCAGCUCUUUUUUCAGUUUAGGUCGCUCAGAACCUGAGAGACCGCGAUAAAUAAAUCAGAACAGGCCCAUCAUAGACACUAACCUAACUUCAACUGUUGUAAUAUAUAUAACUGUACUCUAAUUAAUUCUUCAUUUAGACCUUUGUGUUUAAAAAUCCUAAUUAAUUUGCACACUUUGUAAGGGCAUUUGCCACUAAUGUGGCGAAUAAUAAUCAGACAAGCAGAACCCAAAGAAAGCUUUCAUUUAAAAGACUUUCCUAAAUGCAAAAUAACAAAUGUUUCUAUUUUUUGCUGUCAUUCUACUUAUUUUACUGUAAAUCAUUGCAAGUCUGAUGACUAAAGUAAAAGUAGGCCAUUGUUCUUUUAAAAAAAUUAUAUUUAAUUUGGCCUGUUGCACUUUUUUGUCUGUCCCUUAGCAGUUUAAUAAACAUGUUAUGUCUGUAUUAUAACGCUAUUUACCUGAAGAUAUUUAUAAAGAAUUUGAAACUGAA